AUGGGUCACUCGAGCGUCACGACCAGCGGUCCCGGCUCGACGGGAUCGGCGACGGCCGACGCGGCGACCCGCCUCGCCCCGCACACCACCCUGGGGCUCGGGGGGCCCGCCCGCACCCUCGUCCGGGCCACGACCGAGGACGAGGUCGUCGCGGCGGCACGGGCCGCCGACGCGGCGGGCGAGCCGCUGCUGCUCGUCGGCGGCGGGUCGAACCUCGUGGUCGGUGACGACGGCUUCGCCGGCACCGCACUGCUGCUCGACCAUCGCGGUCACACCGUCAGCGAGCCGGGACCCGACGGCUCGGUCGUCGUGCGCGCCGAGGGCGGCGAGGACUGGGACACGCUCGUCGCGGCGACGGUCGCCGCGGGCCUGGGCGGCCUCGAGUGCCUGUCCGGGAUCCCGGGGCGCACCGGAGCCACGCCGGUGCAGAACGUCGGCGCCUAUGGCGUCGAGGUCGCCGACCUGCUCGUCGACGUCGACCUGUACUCCCGCCGGGAGGGCACGACGCGGACCGUCCCGGCCGCCGACCUCGGCCUCGCCUACCGGACCAGUCGGCUCAAGGGCUCGAGCGCCGAGAUCGUCCUCGCGGUGCGAUUCCGGCUGACGACCGACGGGCUCUCGGCUCCCGUGCGCUACGGGGAGCUCGCCCGCGUCCUCGGCGUCGCGCCCGGGGUCCGGGUCGGUGUCGCCGCGGCGCGCGAGGCGGUGCUCGACCUGCGGCGCGGCAAGGGCAUGGUCACCGACCCCACCGACCCGGACACCGCCAGCGCGGG